AUGUCGCGCGUCGCCAGAGAGUCAACGUCAACAUCUACAUCUCUAGACAACGACUCAACUCUUCUCGAGUCAACCGGAAACACCAUCACGCCGGCUACAAGCGUCUCAGAGACCUCAAGCAACGUCGAUAUCCCAAUUACGAAGGCUGGUUCUCACAUCUGUCCGCCACAGACGCGUCGCGUAGAUGUAGCAGCUAUCGAGGAUGGAACCAACAACACCACCGAAGCGGAGGGGGAUAAACACGGGGAUGGCCUAGAGAAAGCCGUGCCUACAUCUGCUACGGAGGAGGGAACAGUUGUCAAGCGUGAACCGGCUCAAAGGCGCGAACUACGUUCAUCGCGAGGUCGACGUGGCUUGUCCGCCGGAGCAUCAGAGCCAUACGCAGAGGAGACUACGGCAGAUGUACCACUGGGAAGCGCCGAAAAUAGUACUACGAACGAACAAUUAAAGGAAGAAACUGGGUCAAAGCCGCGGUCAUCUACGAAAACUGAGCCGGCGCAGCCUAGGAGGCGUUCUGGCCGGUUAACCCUCUUGGAGAAAACCAAGACCGUUUUAAACCAGGUGUCCUCAAUUCUGGGAAAAAGGCAACGUGGUGAUAAGGAGGCUGAAAACUCCGAGGCCAAGGUGGAGGAUAGAAGGUCUAGUCUUCGUUCAAGGACUGCUGUGCGCAAAGAGCCCCAGGAAGAGUCUGCUACGAAGAAGAGGCGCAUUUCCGAAAACGCUGCUUCUCCUGCAGAGAAAGACAAGGGUACGGACCAGCAAUCCUCGUCUGCAUCUCAUGAAGUUGCCAUAACUGCACCCAAGAGGAAGAAAUGGCUCUCGCAUGGCCUUUACGCAGGCCCAAAUGCGUUUGCCAAAUUUGAACUUCCACCUCCCCAAAGCCGGCGAAGGGGGGCUAGACAAAAGCCUCGUGAACGUGUUUUGUUUCCUAUGCCAAAAUACUCUGGUGCCUUGCUGUUAGAAAAAGGCAGACCUUUUAAAUUGCCUUAUGAUAUAUUUUCCCCCUUGCCUCGCGGUCAACCUAAACCGGAUGAGUGGCGCAAGAUAAAUAAGAAUAUAUUUGUUGGGGAUGCUGCCGGUAUCUGGAAGGCUACUAUGCCAACCGAGCAGUCCACCUGUCUCUGUACCCCUGAAAUGGGUUGUGGUGAAAACUGCCAAAACCGUCAUAUGCUCUACGAGUGUGAUGAUAAUAAUUGCAAACUUGGUGAAGACCUGUGCAGGAACCGCAAUUUUGCUAAGCUGCGCAAUCGUAUCAAGACCGGAGGCAAAUAUAACAUUGGAGUCGAGGUCAUAAAAACUGAAAGCCGCGGAUAUGGCGUCCGGAGCAAUAGAACUUUUGAACCCAACCAAAUUAUUGUCGAGUAUACUGGGGAGAUACUCACUCAGAUCGAAGCUCAGCGCCGAAUGAAAACAAUAUACAAGAAGAACGAGUGCUUUUAUUUAAUGGACUUUGAUCAGAAUAUGAUCAUCGAUGCCACACGGGGUUCGAUUGCACGAUUCGUCAACCAUUCAUGUGAGCCUAAUUGCAAGAUGGAAAAAUGGAUUGUUGCAGGGAAGCCUAGGAUUGCCUUGUUUGCUGGCGAAAACGGUAUAAUGACUGGGGAGGAACUGACAUAUGAUUAUAACUUUGAGUAUUAUCAACCCUACACCGGCCGCUAUAACCCAUACUCCAAUAAGAAUGUCCAAGAAUGCCGUUGUGGCACUCCAUCUUGCCGCGGCGUAUUGGGACCAAGACCCAAAGGAAAGGACUCCAAGGAGAAACCUACUACGAAAUCAGGCGGUGCUGGAACUAAACGCAAGUCACGGGGAAAUGCAGAUGAGCCAGCGUCGAAGAAACAGAAAGCCGGCAAGCAAUCGCCCGUCAAAUCAGGUCUGAAGAGAGCGGUCUCAAAGGCUUCUCAGGGUAUCAAGUCCAAAGCCAAGGCAAUAAGGGUACCGAAGAAGCGAGUGGGCGUUAAAUUCAAUAAAUCUGCAAAGAGUAAGGCAGUAACAACGGCUGCCGCUGACGUUCCCUUCACGUCUGUUUCACGGUCUUCCAAAAGGCAAGCCGCAGGGAAUAACAGACUCCGAAUGUCAUCUAGAGCCAGAGUCAGUAUUACGGCGGUUAAGACUGCUCUGAAGGGAAGAAGAGGUGGACGCAGGGCAUCUACCAAGUCCUGA